AUGAAGCAAAGAAUUAAAUUUAUCUUUUUUAUAAAAAUUUCUUUCUUUUUCCUUUUAAAGUCUAUAUGUAAUUUUUAUAAUGACAUGCGUAUGUUUAGAAAAAUUUUGGAAGAUAAAUAUGGUUUUGGUAGAAAAUUAGAUACACGCAUUUAUCGAUUAUUAGGAAAAAGUGAGAAUUGUAUUUUUACAAGUGUUGGAGAUUUAGAAUUAAAGAUACCAUAUAAUACAAAAAGAAAGAGAGAAAAAUUACUUAAAACUAAAAAUGAAAAAUUGGACAAAGAAAGAAAAGAAAAAUUAUAUAGAUGUUCAUUAAUUAAGGAUGAAUUGAUUAAGGAACUUAUGAAAAAGAAAAGUACUAUGUUUCAUAAAUCAUAUAAGCAUUAUGAAAAAAAAAUUAUGAACGGUCUUCAUGAUAAGGAGUUCUUUAAAAAAAUGAUGUUGAUUAAUGAUAAGGAUUACAAAAAAUUAAAAUGUAAGAAAUAUGGAUUGCGACUUUGCUCACUUUUUGUAUUGUUCAUAUUGGUAUUAAUUGUACCUAUAGUGGACUUAUCAUUAGGUAAUUUUAGUUCUGUAGGUACUUUAUUGAAUACAUUAUGUAUUUUAUUAGGAUAUAGCGAACCAACAGCCGGCUCUGUUGAACCUUCGGGAUCUUUUUGGUCGUCUACAUGUCAAUUGAAAAACCUUACAGGAAUUAAAGUAUUUGGUGUUCUAGUCUAUUGUUUACCUAUCUUAAUAUUGGGUAUUAUACUUACUCGAGGAAUUUUUUAUUAUUAUAAAAAUGUUAUAAAACAUAAAAAAAUUAAGUUCCUGGAAGCGUUCAAUGAAUGGUAA